UUCAGGUAUUUACUCGGUGCCUGCCAUGUACCUGGUAGGAGGUAGGCACAGUGAAACAAACAGGUCCAAAAUGGCUGGGGGUAGAGUCCAGAGGGCAGGAGCAUAGCACUCAACAGCUCCUGGGCUACCGCUAGGGGGUGGGGCUGAAGGGUCAGAGAUCAAAGCUAGGCAGCCCCUGGCAGAAGUUACCAUUCUGUGGAAGCUUCUCUGAGAACGGAGCGGGUGCGAUGGGCGUCUGGCUGCGACUGGCCUUUUUACUGUUGCUGCUGCUGGGCCUGGGACAGUCCGCAUGGCCUGCUGCGGUGGCCCUGGCACUGCGCUGGCUCCUGGGGGACUCUAUCUUCUGUGUGCUGCUCGGCCUGGCCAUGCUGGCGCGGCCCUGGCUCUACCCCUGGAUGCCCCACUGGCUGAGUCUGGUGGCCGCGGCUCUCAUGCUGGCUGUGUUACCCGCACGGCCACCCCCAGGGCUGCGCUGGCUGCCUGCAGACUUGGCCUACAUCUUCGGGAUCCUCCACCUGGGGCUGAACAUCAAGGCGCGCAUGAGCCGCCAGCCGCCCAACACCUUUGUGGAUACCUUUGAGCGGCGAGCACAAGCACAGCCCGACCGGGCGCCCUUGGUGUGGAAGGGUCCGGGGGGCCGCUUGGUCACCUUCAGGGAGCUGGACGAGAGAGCAUGCCAGGCAGUGUGGGCCCUGAAGGCCGAGCUGGGCAGCCUCACAGGCUUGCUUGCUGGGGAGCCUGCCGCCCUCCUAGUGCUGGCCUCCCAGACCAUUCCGGCCCUAGGUUUGUGGCUGGGGCUGGCCAAGUUGGGCUGCCCCGUCGCCUGGAUUAAUCCACAUGCCCGGGGGGCACCCCUGCUACACUCUGUACUGAGCUCUGGGGCUCGGUUGCUGGUGGUGGACCCAGACCUCCAGGAGAAUCUGGAAGAGGUCCUUCCCAAGCUACAGGCAGAGAACAUCCGAUGCUUCUACCUCAGCCACUCCUCCCCAACCCCAGGAGUGGGGGCUCUGGGGGCUGCUCUUGACAUUGCACCCAUCGACCCUGUGCCCGCUGACCUACGUGCUCGGAUCACAUCAAAAAGCCCUGCCCUGUUUAUCUACACCUCAGGGACCACUGGACUCCCAAAGCCGGCCAUUGUCACACAGGAACGGCUGCUACAGAUGUGCAAGAUGCUGUCCCUGGGUGGGGUCACAGCUGAUGACGUGGUCUACACAGUCUUGCCUCUGUACCAUGUGAUGGGGCUUAUCCUUGGAAUUCUUGGCUGCCUGGAGCUUGGAGCAACCUGUGUCCUGGCCCCCAAGUUCUCUGCUUCCUGCUUCUGGGAUGACUGCCGGCAGCAUGGUGUGACUGUGAUCCUGUAUGUAGGCGAGGUCCUGCGGUAUCUGUGUAACACUCCACAGCGACCAGAGGACCGGACACAUACAAUCCGCUUGGCAAUGGGCAAUGGACUCCGAGCAGAUGUGUGGGAGUCCUUUCAGCAGCGCUUUGGCCCCAUUCGGAUCUUGGAAACCUAUGGCUCCACGGAAGGCAACAUUGGCUUCGUCAACUAUCCAGGCCGCUGUGGGGCCCUGGGCAAGAUGAGCUGCUUGCUUCGAGUGCUGUCCCCCUUUGAGCUUGUACAAUUUGACACGGAGGCUGAGGAGCCUGUCAGAGACAGUCAGGGAUUCUGCAUCCCUGUGGGACUAGGGGAGGCGGGGCUCCUGUUAACCCAGAUAGUGGGCCACCACCCUUUCCUGGGCUACCGCGGGGCACGAGAGCUGUCGGAACGGAAGUUGGUGCGGAAUGUGCGGCGCAGGGGCGACGUUUACUUCAACACCGGAGACGUGCUGGCCAUGGACCGAGAAGGCUUCCUUUACUUUCGGGACCGCCUGGGGGACACCUUCCGAUGGAAAGGUGAGAACGUAUCUACCCGGGAGGUGGAGAGCGUUUUAUCCCUUGUGGACUUCCUGCAGGAGGUGAACGUCUACGGCGUCUCUGUACCAGGUUGUGAGGGCAAGGUGGGGAUGGCUGCUGUGCGGCUGGCCCCAGGCCAGACCUUCGAUGGUCAGAGGAUGUACCAACAUGUCCGCACUUGGCUCCCUGCCUAUGCUGCACCCCAUUUCAUCCGUAUCCAGGACGCCCUGGAGAUCACAAGCACGUUCAAACUGGUGAAGUCCCGGUUGGUGCAUGAGGGCUUCAAUGUAGGCGUCAUUGCUGACCCCUUGUUCGUGUUGGACAACCAGGCUAAGACUUUCCAGCCCCUGACACCGGACACGUACCAGGCCGUGUGCAAUGGAACCUGGAGACUCUGACCAUCUGGCCUGUCCACAUUUGAAGUGGCAGUGCCCAAUGCAGACUACCACUCAUAUUGGCAGGAUCCUCUCCACCACAAAUCUGCUGAGGGUUAUCAUGAAUCGCAGCCUGGCCAUAACCCCAGUUGAAGAGAGUAAGAUGACUGUGGGCCCAGUAGUGGAGUGAGAAUAAACUUGGAUGUGUACACACAUGUCUGCGUGUGUAGGGCUAAGGGCAGGCAGCCCUAAGAUGGGCCAUUUUGGCAUAAAGAUGAUUUUAUGAUAAAAGCAAUAAAAACCCGGCAGAUUCAGUUCUUUAUCUCUCCCACAACUGUCUAAAAGGAUUUGAUAGAGGAUCUGCUCUAAGAGAGCUAUCACCACAGAUAACUACGUUAUGACAGGGAGGAACCUAGGAAGGCCUCUUUAAUCGAAUUCUUGUGUCCUGUUUCCGAAUGCCCAACCCCCAAAUAUUUACUUUUUCAUCUUCCUUUUAAAAUUUUUUUUGAGAGAGAGAGCAGGGGAGAGGGGCAGGAGAAUCUCAAGCAGGCUCCACUCUCAGUGCAGAGCCCAAUGCAGCACUUGAUCAAGAACCCUGGAAUUGUGACCUGAGCCAAAAUCAAGAGUCAGACGCUCAACCAACUAAGCCACCCAGGCGCCCCUUUCAUUUUCCUUUAAAUUGCAUUUCUUCCUAUUGCAGUCAUGGACCCCUACACCUUUCUCUGUUUAGUAUGAUAUAUGCCUCCUUUUGCCUGUCUUUGGAAUUUUAUGGCUGUGUGCACACUGUAUAUAUACCAAAUUAGAUUUUUCUCCUGUUAACAUAUCUCUUGUCAAUUUGAUUCUUAGACAAGCCAGAGAGACCUUGAAGGGCAGAGGAAAUUCUUCCUCCCCAACAGUGGGUGGAGAUACAAGCGAGGAAUUCAGGGCCUACUGUCCUCCAGAGACCUUACUUCAGGGUUCCCCCUGCUUCCCUACCAAGGAUCUUGACAAGCCUCAAGGAAUGGCCCUGUCUGGGCAAGGCCAGAAGUAUGAUAGGAUUCAGCAGCCUUGAAGCCAUUCCAGGGUUGAGAGAUGAGGCUAGCCUCAGGCAAAGCAGAUAAGUAUAUGGUCUGUAGGAUGUAAGAUGUGCUAUCAUGGCAGUAUGACAAGGACAUCGGGCUAAGCCAAGAAAUGUGAGCAAAUAACUGGAAAAAGAGCAUCCAUGUUAGAAUGCACCUGCAAAAAGGAUGUGGAACAGGUCCAGAGCCCUCUGGUAAACGAAAUCCAGUGUCUUAGGGGCCAGAAGAGCCCUCUGGGCACUGUAGGCAGGUACACGCUUUUGCUAGUUUCAGAAAAGAGUAGUGCAUGCUGUGUUGGGGACUUUAAAUGUUACUUGAUCAUUAUGGGAACUGUGAACUGUAGGCCAAGGGAAAGAGAUGUUGUCAUGAGUGGCAAAGCCUAGGGGAAGUGUAGUCCUCACUGUCUGAAGAACUGGAAGGGCUUCUUUGGAAUUAGGAUAAAUGCAGAUAGGAAUUUGAGGGCACUGGACCUCUGGUUAGUACAUUCCACCCAUGUCAGGGGCUUUAGGUGCUGCCCAGUGAUGUUAAGACCUGUAGACCUGGAAAAGAGGAAUAGCACAUAUUAAUCCUCAGUGAAGUGGUCUGUGCCCUCUCCAUGGCAGGAAUCACACCUGACCGUUAUGGGUGUUGUAGGCUGGGGAACAUGUGCGUGUCAAGACUGAGAUGACACAGGCCCUGAGAGGUCAGAUACUGCAAGUGACACCUGGGUCAUUGUGGGAGCUGUUAUAGUCUAGUGGUCAUGAAGAACUCUAUGAUGUAUAUAGUCCAAGUGGGCUCAGGGCUUGAGCUGCUGUCUUCAAGUCCUCUGGAGUUCUGCAGCAUAAGCCCGAAGGGACCACCCUCCACUUCCCCCCGGUGCCAACUUUGUAUGUGGCUUUCACUAAAUCAGUGAAAGCUCACCCAUGCCCAUCUGAUUCUAGCUUCAGAAUGCCAUUUCCUGACACCUCUUACUCCAUCCUCCUAUUUGUAGGUUUAUGUUCUGAAGACUCUCCUCCCUGUGGAUUCAUUGGGUUUCUGAACCAAGUAAGAUGUGUUGGUUUUAUCCAUCUUGCACCAGAAAGCCAGGGAAGCCACAGCCAGCUCUAGGUUAAGAGCAGAGGGGUCAGCCUGGCAGCAUAGGACCCAACAUGAACACAUUAGUUUGGAAGAGGGCAAUGUAAGGGCCAAGACGUGGGGGAAGGCAGGUGAUCAUAGUUGUUUCCAUAGGAUCCAGAUGGGAGCCACUGACCAGACAUGGGCAUUGGGAGGCGUGGAUUUGAGGAAGGUGGAGUCAAUGAGUGAUAGCAGGAGCCAACCACACAGGUGGGAAGGAGACUAGUGGGGAGAUGGGCAGGGAACAGGCUGAGCUCAAGGGAUCAGGAGGGAUUAGGUUGGAAACAGCUCCAGGAACUUCAGUUCAAGAUGCAGAAAAGCUUGGGGCUACCUACAUUGCUCAGGUGGUUGAGCAUUUGACUUCGGCUCAGGUCACGAACUCAUGGUUUGUGACUUCAAGCCCUGCAUCGGGUUCACUGCUGUCAGCACAGAGCCAGCUUCCAAUCCUGUCUCCCUCUCCUCAAAAGUAAACCUUUUUUUUUUUAAUCUUAAAAAAAAAAGAUGAAGAAAAGAUUGUAUAUGACUUGCUGAAUACCCACUAGGUGUCUGACACAUGCCUUUGCUCCUUUCCCCAGAAAGCUCUCUAUCAGUUAGAUUGGGGGAUGUGUCUGCAUUUCACAGCUGUGCAGACUGAGUCUGUGACCUAAUCAAGGCUCCCUCGUAGUGGUGAAUCUGGGGGAAGGUGUGGAGGGGAUAAGACCAGAGUGUGCACUAGAGAAGAGAGGAUGAGUACAGCAGAGGUGGGCAGUUCCUCAGAAGCCUACAGGGUACCAGGAGGCUUACUUCAGUGGACUUGCACUCCAAGGAUCUCGGAGAGCCAGAUGCUGCAAGACAGCUCUCCCUGCCACCCUAUCUCCCCUCCUUGUAGGACUUGUGAUGCUCCAGAAGCAGAAGAUGGGUCUGAAACUGUUGGCAGGUGAGGAGUGAGGGAAAUGUCAUGUCUGUGCUCACUCUGUGUGGCAGAUGGCUGCCAAACCUUGCAGGUGAUGGGACUACAGAACCACCUUGCCUCAGAUUCCCAAGCCUGGAUCCACAGACUCCUCUCCUGGCAGAGCUGAGACUUGCGGCAGCCUCACAAUGUCCACCUUGCCCAAGUCUCCUAGAACACUCCCCCCCCCCCCCGACACCUCGGGUUGCCAAGAAGAUACGUCCUAGCACCUCACUGGAAAAUAGACAAAUUUCAUCUCUACCCUUUGGACUCUCAAAAGGACAUGAAUCGAAGCCAAAGCUUCAAAGUUCUGUGAUGAUCAUACUUAAAUUGUGUUGUUAGGUGCACCUGACUGACUCGUGAUCUUGGGGUGGUGACUUAAAGCCCCAUGUUGGGUGUAGAGAUCACCUAAAUAAAUACACUUAAAAAAAAAAAAAAAA